AGACUCCGCAGGCACAGAGGUGGGGGUGGCAUUAUGUCCGGAAGACAGAUGGAAUAAACCAUCCAUAAUUUUUUCCAUGCUUGUUAAAAGCGAAGAAAUGAGACUCGUGUAAAUGGCCGACUGAGCAAAUUAACUUAAUCCUAUCUCCGCGUUUGAAAGCUGAUUUACACCAGACGAGUCUCAAUGAGGAAACAGCGCAAGAAAUAGUCAAAGUCCCGAGUGGCAAGAGCAACAGCUCCUCGUUACCGUUCAUUACAUACCAGCAAAGGUGAAAAGAAAAGGCAGUGCUCGCCUGAAGCGUGGACACAGCAGAUCUGUGAGACAGUGAAUCAUGAGAUUAACAGGCCCUCUCAGAGCUUUGGCUGUGCUUCUGUUGGUGGGGCUCACCUGGCUGCUGGCAAAUACCUUAUUCGGAGGGGAGAGCGGUUCAUCUGUGCGCCACUUCUUCAGCGGUGCAAGUGAGGAACCAACACCUGCUGAAACACGCCCCCGAAGGUAUAAAUGUGGACUUUCCGCUCCCUGUCCUCCAAAACAUUUGGCUUUCCGCCUGGUGUCUGGUGCUGCCAAUGUCAUCGGGCCCAAAAUCUGCUUGGAGGACAAGAUGUUAGUCAGCAGUGUGAAGAACAAUGUUGGAAGAGGACUAAACAUAGCUUUGGUGAACGGGGUGACAGGAGAGCUCUUGGACACUAAGAACUUUGAUACAUGGGCAGGAGAUAUUUCUGACCUGUUGAAGUUUCUCCGGCCGCUCCAUGAAGGAACACUUGUGUUUGUUGCUUCCUUUGAUGAUGCAGCUACAAAGUUGAACGACGAGUCUCGAAGGCUGUUCGAGGAGCUUGGGAGCACAGCAGUGAAGGAGCUGGCCUUUAGAGAUAGCUGGGUGUUUGUGGGAGCCAAGGGCAUCGAGAAUAAGAGCCCGUUUGAGCAGCGUAUGAAGAACAGUAAGAGCAGCAACAAGUAUGAAGGCUGGCCUGAAUCUCUGGAGAUGGAUGGGUGUAUUCCUCUGCGGCCUCCCCUGGAGGGAUAGCUCUUCCUGAUUCUCUCCCACGUACAGUACAGUAGAGCAGAACCUGGAGUGGCAGCAGUGGAUCCAAAUAAUUGUUUGUCUAAAGAAAAGCCUGGGAACUGCUGAAUGACUGAAACCAUCCAAGAUCUGGACCACAAACAGCAUGUCAUUUCCCCUCUGGUGGCAGAGGCAUGAGUCGACUGCAAAGAUUGUACCUGGACUUGAUAUAUUUAAAAUUGCUGGAACUCGUUAUAGAUGAUUUGUGCAUUAAGCUUUGUGAGCCAAUUAUGAGUUGAAGUAAUGUUGUAGACACAAGGAAAAUGUUUGUGUCAGGUUAAGGGAAACUAGAGAGGCCAAAUGUUUGACGACCAAAGUGUAACGGUGACAUGUGAAUGAAUGCAGCUGGAGUAGGUCUUCCAAAGCCAUUAUAGGAAAUGGGCAUAUUUCCUCUCUGCAAGUCUGUCUGUAGGGUGUCAAUAUCCUGUGCACGAUAUUUGAUGUUCAGCAGGCAUAAAACACACCUAACUGGUUUCACACUAAGGCAUUUGGGAACCUAAUCCAUGUCAGCAUAAGAAAAACAUUUGAGGUACACUAGUAGUUUAAUUGUCCUACGAAGCACAGGGUCUGUGGACAGAUUUUAUAUUUAAAUCGGUUAAUAUAUUUUCAUCCUGUGAUACAUAUUUCAGUGAUAUUGUUAUGCCUAGUGUUAGCUGCCAUUGUUUCCUUAGAACUUGAUGCACUGCAGUUAUUGCUUGGCACAUGUUUACAGAUUUCUUCAGGCAACCUUUGCCUAGGUCAUUUUCCUCUGAUAAAACUAUUUAUUUUAAUACUUUGUUAGUAAAAAAAAAAAGAUUCCUAGUGUGGGUUCGUCAUAACAGCACCCAUGGUUUUAAUGUGUCUCAGGCCUGCAAGCAUCUUUAAACUGAGUGCUUUGUUUAAAGAUUCAACCUAAAUGUGUGGAAGUGUAUGUUGUUUUUUUAAUGUUUAUUGUAUCCACCUGGAAACUUGCAAGCCUAACAAUGAAGGAAAUGUGUAGAAAUAAAAAAUACUAUAUUACAUGUAUGGUUAGAAGUUCAUUUUAGCUGACAUUGUCUGAAUUAUGUUACCUCUAAGUGUAAAGAUUUUUCUACAAAGCAUCACAGUCUGUCUUAUAUUGUGACAACAAUGCUGAUGAAUUAAACGGUCUGAA